AUGAUAGGGGAUGUGAAUAGUGUUGAAGAAGUUCGAUUUUUGGUAUUAGAACAACAGUUUCUAGAACAUCUGGAAGCCAAUGAAGUAAUGCCUGCUGUUACUCUUUUGCGUAAUCGUAUUACACCUAUGCAACGUAAUACUGAACGGGUGCAUACUCUGGCCAGAUGUUUUUUAUUAUUGCGUCAUCAAAAAGUACCAAUAAAAUUACAUCCGGAUUAUUUACAUUUUAUUUUCUUCACUUCACAUAAACAACAGGGAUUACAUUUAUGGGAUUUAGAAGCUUGUGCUAUUCUGCAACGUUUUGUUGGGCAUAAACAAGAUACUUUUCGAUUGUAUUCUACAUUUGGUGGAGCCAAUGAAGAUUUUGUAGCUACAGGAAGUGAAAAUGGUCGAAUACACAUUUGGCAUGUGGGUAGUGGUAGUCAUCCUAUACAUUCAUCUCCUGGUACAGGGAAUCGUGAUCCAAUUACAUGUGUUCAUUGGAAUCCUGUAUUGCCUACAAUGAUUGCUUCAGUGAAUGAUGCUGGUGAAUUAUGCAUUUGGGGACCACAACGUUACGCAUUAGGUAACGGUCAACCGAUGGAUUCGUCAGCCUAAAGUCUUCCACACUGACUCAACUAGCUAGCUAACCCAAACAUGAAAAUGGAUAUUUGAGAUCUUUUGGUCUCACUACUACUACUACUACUACUAGUACUACUACUCCUACUACCCUUUUCCUUUUCAUCACACUUACUACAUAUAUAUAUAUAUAUUUGCCAAUUGUUUUAUUGAAAAAAUAAAAUAAAGAGUAUGAAAACUCUUAGCGACAACAUUGCAAGUAUCAUCAUUUAACCCCUAUUAAAAAUUGUCACUUUGAGUAAAAAAAAAAACAGACAGCUUCCAUAAUUUACUUGUUUUUCCAUGUAUCACACACAAACACACUACUGUUAUUGGUGUAGUAGUAUAUUUCUCACUCACUCUCUCUCUUUCUCUGUCAGUGUCUGUCUCAUUAGUAAUGAGAAGAAUAAUCGAUGGUGGUGGUGGUGUUUUUCAUGCGAACUCCACGUGUCUGUGUGCAUGUUGUGUAAUAAUAACCUCGAACUUUGCUGUUAUCGCUAUUGUUAUUAUUAUUAUUACUGUUAUUCUGCAUGCACAUGGGUCGGCCAGGGCAGAAAACUAGGGUGAUAGAUAGAUACCAUGAAACGACGUAACUUUCUUUCGACUACUCUAUACAUCGGAAUAAAUAUUUGCUUCAGUAUUGUAACCUACCCUGAUGUGUGUUGACGUUGAUGUUGUUGUUCGAAACCCUGUUUGUUGGUUUGUUCGUUCGUUUUGUUUUUCUCUUUUAUAAACGUGUAGUAAGUAAUUUCGGUUGUUUGUUUUUUUUAAUUUUAUUUUAUUUUUGUUGUUUUUUAAUUUUUUUCUCCUUUUUCUGUUUUCUGACGACAAUUUUGUGUCACACCUAUCCACAAUAUUUACAACAUUUAUUAUUUUCUCCUUUUUGUUUGUCUGUCUAAUACACUUUCCAUGCGCGCGCACACACACACACAUGCGAGUACAUGUUGUUUUUUUUCAUUCUUGUGUGUGUGUUCAUGUCGUCGAUCCGAAAUACUGCGUAUCUGUGUAUGUCUGUCUUCAUUACAUAAUUAUUAUUACUAUUAUUAUGAUUAUUUCUUAGGGCUCCUAAAUUAAUGAUGAUAUUUUCGCAUAGGUAAGAAACUUUCUCUCUCUCUCUCUCUUACGUUUAUUAUUAUCAAUAAUUUAUAAUAUAAUAAUAAUAAUAAUAAUUCAAAGCCUUGUUGAUAUCUCAAGGAUUGAAAGUGGAAUGAUCAUCAGUCUCCCUCACUCCAAUUCAUGAUGAUGUAUGUGCUGUGCUGUGUUCUAUUCUGUUCUGUUUCCUUUUUUGGCGGCCACAUUUUCCUCUUCUCUUUGACAUCAUUAUGGAUUUGUGUGUUUUUUUCUACUAUAAUUAGAGAAACCGCAGUGAACUGUGUAUGAAAAAUUUCAUGAAAUGACAGAAACACAUCAUUGGACAAUACACGUAUAGACAAUAAAUAAUUGAGUAUGCUGUGAACUACCGACGAAAAUAUGACUUUCCUAUACUCUCCUCGUCUUGUAAUUUUGUUUUUAAUUUUGGUGGUGGAAGUGGAGGUGGAGGGAGGCGUUAAAAUGUAGUGUGAUUAUUUUGCCACACAAUAAUAAUAAUAUUAUUAUUAUUACUAUUCUCUAACUUUUUUUUUAUUUCAUAACACAACACACUAACUCUCUAGUAGUAGUUAGUUCAUCAUCCAUCAUACAAGAAGAAGUGCAUAUUAUUAUUUAUCUAUCUAUCUGUCUGUGUAACUGACUGGGUUCUUUUUCGUUGUUGUUGUUGUCAGUUGAUGAACCCUUUUUUUUCUUUCUCAUAGCUAGCUCUAAUCACUUUGUUUUGGCGUCGUAUUUUAUUCAUAAAAAAUAUAACUUGGACUUUACUUAUUAUAAUCGUUAUUGUCUAUAUACACACACAUAUAUAUGCGCGCGUGCAAAAAAUAUAUACGUUUUUUUGUCUAUUUCCAUUUGUUAAUUUUUACAACGUUUUAUAUUUUAGAAGAA